GCUCAUCAUCCUCUUCUGGCAGACAACGCCCCCAAAUCGUUCAGUGUCGAGCGGAGGCUCUGUCGCGAUCGGCCCGCAUUCAAGGCCACACUUCUACACGCAUACACGUCUAGGCAACUACACCUCACCGUCUCCAACGGAAUUUGGUGACUGUCUUGGCUCUGACAGCAGAUCUCAAAGACAUCAUCUCGGCGGCGGUGCACUACCUGAUCCCCUUUCGACCGCUAGUCCACGAUAGCAAGUCGAUUGUUGCCACCUGUCAAGCUCCCUCUGCUACCGCCUGAUCUACAGCUCGCCGAAGCCUCUCCUUCGGGAGUUGUGCUGGAGAUUUCACAAGGACUCAACCUCCUCUCGUACAACGACCCCACGCCAGAAUGGGUAAGAAGCACGAGAAGAAGACGGCCAAGGGUCGUCUGGACAAGUUCUAUUGGCUUGCCAAGGAGCAAGGUUUCCGAUCUCGAGCUGCGUUCAAGCUGGUACAGUUGAACAAGAAGUUCAACUUUUUGGAGGGAGCCCGAUGCUGCAUCGAUCUCUGUGCUGCACCUGGUGGUUGGCUGCAAGUGGCGAGCAAGUAUAUGCCACCCAGCAGCUUGAUCGUCGGUGUGGACUUGGUACCGAUCAAGCCAAUUCCUAGAUGCGUCACUUUUGCCGAGGAUAUCAACAGCUUCAGAUGCCGUGAUCAGCUGCGGAAUGAGCUGAAGGACUGGAAAGCUGACAUCGUUUUGCAUGAUGGUGCUCCAAAUGUUGGUACAGCUUGGGUGCAAGAUGCAUAUCAGCAAGCCGAGCUCGUGCUUGCCUCAUUGCGUCUUGCAGUCGAAUUCCUCGCUCCUGGUGGAUCCUUCGUGACCAAGGUCUUCCGAUCCAAAGAUUACAACAAUCUUCUCUGGGUCUUCAAUCAGCUGUUUGGCUCAGUGGAAGCAACCAAGCCGCCCUCUAGUCGAAACGUAUCCGCUGAGAUCUUCGUGGUAUGCACGGAGUACAAGGCUCCCAAGAGGGUUGAUCCCCGUUUCUUGGAUCCGAAGCAUGUCUUCAAAGAUCUGGAUCCAGCCGCUUUGAGGGAUGUCGACGCUGUCGCAGCUGCUCAAGACGGACAAGCCGAAGGUUCCACACCCGUCCUGCCCCUCAAGGGGGAAAAGGGUGCCAGCGCGCAAAUCAACGUGCUUCAGCCCGAGAAACAGAGGAGGAAGAGGGAAGGAUAUGACGACGGCGUACAUAUUCUGUACUCCGCUCUCCCGGCCCGCAAGUGGGUGGAAGGACCUCACGCAAUCGAUGGGCUUGGCGCAAACAAUGAGAUCACCUUUAAGGACGCCGCAGAUAAGGAACUUUUGGCACACGAAAAGACUACCGAGGACAUCAAAGCAUGCUGUGCAGAUCUCAAGGUGCUGGGCAAAGGUGAUUUUAGGAAUCUGCUCAGGUGGCGCAUCGCCAUGCGUGAGCAUUUGGGUCUAGAAGCACCCGUCAAGAAACCCGGAGAGAGCACAGUCGAGGUGGUUGAAGAGGAGUCGAAGGAGCCUGUGGACUCAGACCAAGAGAUCGGGGAAGAGUUGGAGAGGCUCAAUGAAGAGCGCAACAAAGCUUUGAGGAAGGAGAGAAGGAAGCGGAAUGAAGCUAGAGCGAGAAAAGUCCUCAAGAUGCAGCUUCACAUGAACACUCCUAUGGACAUUGGUCAGGAGAUCACUGAUGAGACCUUGCAAGGAGGCACGGAGGAUGUCUUUGACCUGACUCAUAGAAGGCAAUCCUCCGCUUCUGACGACAGCUCUGAAGGGGAAUCCCAGUCGGAAGAGGAUGACAAAUCCGAAAAUGAGCUGGAAAGACUGGACAGGCUGCAGGGAGGACUCGAUGCCGCGUAUGUUGCGUACAAGGAGAGGGUGGCGGAACGGGACGCGAAGUGGAGAGCACGCGAAGCGCGGAAAGCCAAUCAAAAUAGAGAGGAGUGGAAUGGGUUCAGCGAGCCUGCGCAGGAAGGGCAAGCCGAUGACAGCGAAGAAGAGAGCGAGGGCGGCUAUGACUUGGUCACGAGGCGCAAAAUGAAGGAAGAGACUUACAACACCGACGAUGAGGAGUCUGAUCUUGAAGAUUUGGAGCACCGCAAGGCAGUGCUUGCAGCCUCGAAUGGAAGUCGAGAGCCCAACAGUGCUUUGAAAAGGAAAGCCAAGGCGCAGGAGCAAGACUCGGAUGACGAGGAAAUUGAGACUGGCAAUCUGGUUACGACCUUGGAAAAAGGGACGGACCGACAGGCAAGGCAAAGCAGACAGGCCGCCAUAUGGUUCGACAAUCCUCUGUUCAAAGGAGUGAAUGGUCUGGACUUUGGAGCCGGCGAUCACGAUUAUGACGAGGAUGAGGAGGAGGAGGGCAGCCCGCAAGAAGGAGAUGAUAGUAGCGAAGAAGAAGAAGACGACGAGGGUGGUAAUGGAGAUGAAGAUGAAGAGAUGGAUUCUGAUGUUGAAGUAGUGCCUCGCAACGUGGCCGACGAAGACAUGGACGACUUUGAAGGAGAAUGGCGUUAUGGCGAUGAGGAUCAAGAUGAAGUGAAGCGAAAGCUGAUUGAGCGGAAAGGCCUGACCACCGCCGAGGCCAUGACGCUUGCUCAGCAGUUGGUGAAUCGUGAAAAGACCAAGUCGGAUUUGAUAGACAUGGGCUUCUCCAAACAUAACUUUGCCGAGAAGACUGCAGAUCUGCCAGCGUGGUUCUUGGAGGAUGAAGGAAAGCACUACAAGGCCAACGUGCCAAUCACCAAGGAAGCCAUGGCCGCUCUGCGGGCUCGUCAACGAGCGCUAGAUGCUCGACCAAUCAAGAAGAUUGCGGAAGCGAAAGCGCGCAAAAAAUUCAAGGCUGCCCAAAGGCUGGAGAAGGCGAGGAAGAAGGCCGACAACUUGAACGAUACCGUCGACGUUUCCGAAAGAGAGAAGGCCAAGGACAUUGAAAAGGUACUCAGCAAGGCUAAUAAACCCACAAAGAAAAGACAGAUCACCACCGUCGUUGCCAGAGGUCCGAAUCGGGGUCUCAAAGGCCGACCCAAAGGCGUCAAGGGCCGCUACAGAUUGGUCGAUAGGAGGCAAAAGAAAGAAAUGCGAGCGCAGAAACGCCGAGACAAGAAAGCUGGCAAGAAGACGGUCAGCUCCACUUCGCAGAAGAAACGCGUGCCCAACGGUUAUGGGGGGCGUUGAUGCGACUGGCGAUCAGACCACUUCCUUCAGCAUCUUCAUACGCUUUGCAUACUUGUCUGGUCACGCAUCCAUGAUUUACUUGUUACCCAUGCUGUCGACACAAUUCGAGGAGUCAAC